AUGGGCUGGCUAUGGUCUUCGUCCAACAAGGACAAGCCGUCCACACCCACUGAAGAAGCACCUCCCACCUCAACACCGACACAACAGCCUCCAACCUCAACCUCAACAUCCUCCACCACAGACCCCGAGAUCCAAAAGUUCAUCGACCUCUUCGAGUCGGAAAAGAACGCCAAGCCCGAAACCCCCUCACAAAAACACCAACAAUCCUCGUCAUUACCAUCAUGGCUCACCCUCAAAAAGUCAACACGAGCUACGGCCCCCACCCCCUCCGACAUACCCCCCCGCGACGCCCUCUCUGAAACCCUCCUCCCGACCGACAUGUCAUGCCGGCAGGCCUUUGACCAGGCGUGGGCCUGCAACUCGAUGGGCGGCCAGUGGAACGCCGUCUACCGCUACGGCGAGAUGCGGUCCUGCAGCGAGCACUGGGACGACUUUUGGUUCUGCAUGCGCACAAAGGGUUACUCGCCCGAGAUGCGUGAGAAGGCCAUCCGCGAGCACUACCGCGCGAAGGAGUUUGUAAAGUACGGGCCGGGUAAGCCUAGCAGUGAGGAUGUGUGGGAGAGUCGGGAAGAAAGGGUCCCUGAAGGAUCAACGUUCAACCAGCCCAUUGAAUAA